AAUCUAUUGACGGUUCUAGACUUCUAGGUAAGCAUUUUGAUACCAAUUAGUCAGUAUCAAGACAUUUGAUGAUAUAAUAACCUUUGCAAUAAUCUUUAUUUGACUUGAACACCUUUUAUGUGCCAAAGAUGAGAAAGUGAUACAGAAAAUCACAAACCACCCAUUCUGCCACAGUCGACUGCAACUGUAUCAUACCUACAAACAUAUAAAAAUCCAACAUCAUACUAAAGGCAACACCGUUUAAUGUCACUGUCAAAUCUAUUUCGUCUAUGUUACUGCUUAAGAGAACUUGUGGUUGAGAUCUCAAAAUGUUAUGUGCUAGUACUACCAAUUAAGAAAAAAGUAGUACUAAAGCCGAAAAUAUAAUACCACCACAAUCAAAACCACAUAUCACUCAUACACCGCAAUGGAAUUAUGUAACCAUUUAUGAACCAAGAUAAGUCACCCCAAAGUCGAGAAACCGUUGACAAAACUUCCUUAGACUAAACUCAAUCCCAUACACCUACACGGGAUCAAACUACAAAGUCUCCUUAAUCUUCUAGUGUAGGAUGCUGACCAGAAAAUAGAAUGAAUGAGUGGUCCACUUUGAAGCUGAGUUAAGGUAAUAUGAGUUGUAAAACAACUUGAAUUGAAAACAUAACUCAAUAGAGCGUCACUUUGAAGCUGAAUUAAGCUAAUACAAGUUAUGACGAAAAAGUUACCACAACUUUUAAAUCAGGUGAUUCUCAACUUAUUCGGUUUGAACAUAUGGUAUUUUAUUGAAGAUUCCAAUCAAAAUAGGAUGAAACAAGUUGUAAAAGUCCUUGAUUUAGAAACAUAACUCUAUAGAACAUCACUUUAAAGUUAAUUAAGCUAAUAUAAGUGAAAAUGAAGAAUUUAUCUCACUUUCAAAUCAGAUGGUUCCUUACUUACUAUGUCCAAACACAUAGUUGUAUAGCCAACAUUAUCAGUAUGUAACUUAAUUUGAGUCAGGAUAAUUGUUUACGGUGGUUUUCCCUUUUUAGUUUUGGUUAUUUUCAUUGGUUUAUGAUACAAACAUGCUUCGAGCAAUGAAACAUUUUCAUUUGCAAUAGGUAUUUACUUAAAAACAAAACCUAAUAAGAACCGAUCCAAAACCAAACAAAAAUGUUACAUGCACAUAUGUGAAUCUAAAGGUUCGUAUAUCUCAAAAACCUGGAACUGAAAAGAACCAAUUCAAACCCAAACCAAAACUCAGGUAUCCAUGACUAACUCAUAUAAAGUUUAACCAACUGAAAUAUUGAUUAAUUUGGAUUGGUUUACCCACCGUACGUCCCUAAUUUCAUCAACACCAUGCUAAUUUGAUUUUGAAUAACUUUUAUAUGCAUACUGUCUGUAUUAUAAAAAUUGUUCUCUUUUUCAGUUUCCAAUUAAAAAAAGUCUCUAUCUACUGAAAGAUAUUGAGACGUAAACUAAGAUUUGAACUAAUAUGUUCAUCUUUUAUUUAUUAAUUUUGAAUUAAAUAUAUUUUGACUUUCUCUUUAACACCUUACAUAAACAUUUUAAAUUUUAGAUAUAUUUUUUUCUUCUGCUAUUUUUUAACUAUACUUUAUGGCUAUUUUUAAAAAAAUAUUUUUUCUUUAACAAAAAAAAAUAUUUUUUUAACAUGUAAAAAUAAAGCGUGUUAAAGUAUUCUGAAAAUAUUUUAAAUUUUAAACUACAUCUCAUUUCUAGUUUCUCAUGCAAAGAGAAAAAACAAUUCUUAUAUGUUUCUAAAUACGAUUGUGCUUGUUAUAUAACUCUGAUUUUUUUCUAGUAUAUAUCAAACCAACAUAAGUAUAACUCUGAAAUUAAAUAAAAAAUGCAAAGUCUCAAAAUUCAAAAUAAAUCAGAAUCUAAAAUGUACAUACCUUAAAAUCCACUAGAAUGUGUUGUUUACUCUCAAUGAUAACAUUCAAAAUUUGAAAUCUCAUUUCUUAGAACAAAACAUAUCUAGUAUAUAUUACUUAUACUAAAAACAAAAAACAAAUCAUAUGAAACAAAAAAAAACAUGAUAUUUUCUCGUGACAUUUUCACAAACUUCGACAAAAGACAAAGUACUAAAUGAGAAAUAACAACGACAAAAGGAAUUUUAAAAUAAAAAACAAAAGGAAUAAAAAUAACCAACCCCUUUCUCUCUUCCCACUUCUCUACACCUCAUAGUUUUGCUUUGCUCCAAUAUCUCACACAUUUGGUGAACAAAACAAUUAUCACUUACUUGCAGUUGUUCACCCUCUCUCUCUCUUAUCCCUCUAUUGUAUGAAUACAAAUAUUUCAUAAGCAUCUCUUAUCUCUUCUAUUCUAUGAAUCCACAGUUUUCAUAAGCAUAAGAAAAACCCAAGAACUCAAAACCAUGACUUCCCACAGAAGGAACCUCUCCAAUCAUUUCAUCUUCCAUCUUCUUCUUCUUCUCCUCCCUACCCUACUCCAAGCUCUUAACACCGAUGGUGUCCUCUUGCUCUCAUUCAAAUACACCAUCACCAGUGACCCUCUCUCCGUUCUACGAAACUGGAACUACGACGACGAAACACCAUGCUCCUGGACAGGUGUUACCUGUACAGAGCUUGGGAGUCCAAACACUCCAGACAUGUCUAGAGUCACAACCUUGGCACUUCCCAACAAACAGCUUCUGGGUUCUGUCUCUCCAAGCUUGUUUUCAAUCCCAAAUCUAAGAAUCUUGGACCUCUCCAACAAUUUCUUCCACGGGUCACUCCCGGAUUCACUCUCCAACGCUACUCAGCUUCGUGUUCUGUCCCUCGGUAACAACAACGUUUCCGGUCAAUUGCCUGAGAGCAUCACCAGCGUGGCGACUCUCCAGCUCCUGAAUCUCUCAGCUAACGCCUUCACCGGAAAAAUCCCUCAAGAUCUCCCACUUCUCAAGAACUUGACAGUUCUUGAUCUUUCCUCGAAUCAUCUAGACGGAUCUCUUCCUCAGGAUUUACAAGGAACAAGUCUCCAUUACCUCAACUUAUCACACAAUCAAAUAUCCGGAGACAUUUCUCCAACGUUCGCUCAGAAAGUUCCACCGACCAUCAUUCUCGAUAUCUCAUUCAACAAUCUUACAGGACCAAUCCCAAGUACCCCACCGAUGCUUAACCAAAGGGCAGAGUCUUUUCUCGGUAAUCUAGGCUUGUGUGGUCAGCCGUUGAAGACCCCUUGUUCAAUCCCUUCCACACUUUCGGACCCACAAAACAUCUCCGACACAACUUCACCAGCAAUAGCGGUCAUGCCGAGGUCUUCCUCGCCUCCAACAAACCCUUCACCAGAUUCACCACCAAACCAAAGCAAACUAAAACCAACCACAAUCGUAGGAAUCACAGUUGCUGAUAUCGCCGGUCUAGCCAUCAUAGCCAUGAUCAUCCUCUACGUAUACCAGCUGAGGAAACGCAGAAGCUACCAGGAGUACAGCACUUUCAAAGUCUUGAAAGACUGUCUGGAGAAAAACGACACUUUAUCCAUAAAGAAAGAACUGAAACAGAGUGUUUUCGCCUUGGAGGUCACGAAAUCUCCAGCUGCUAAACCGAGGUGGAGCUCGUGCCUAACCGGAAGGUACGACGAGACGUCCUCGGAGAGCGACGUAGAGAACCAGAAAACAGUUGAGGCGUUGAAACGCAGCGGUGAAACUCAACUAGUGACCGUCGACGGAGAGACGAAGCUGGAGCUGGAGACUCUACUGAAGGCGUCGGCUUACGUGUUGGGCACGAGCAGAGGAGGCAUUGUGUAUAAAGCGGUGUUGGAGAACGGCGCGGCGUUUGCGGUGCGGCGGAUCGGAGCGGAGAGCUGCACGGCGGUGAAGUUGAAGGAGUUCGAGAGAGAGGUUCAGGGUAUCGCUAAGCUUCGACACCCGAAUCUCGUUAGGGUUAGGGGGUUUGUUUGGGGGAGAGAAGAGAAGCUUCUCAUCUCUGACUACGUCCCAAAUGGAAGCUUGCAUUGCUCAUCCAUCUACUCAAAAUCAGGGUCGUCUUCUACAUCUUCGCCAAACCCUCUCUCGUUCAAGGCACGGGUCAAGAUAGCAAGAGGCAUAGCUCGAGGAAUCGCCUACAUCCAUGACAAGAAGCACGUGCAUGGCAACAUCAAACCCAAUAACAUCCUCUUUGACUCUGAGUUUGAGCCAAUUAUUACAGAUACAGGCCUCGACCGUUUAAUGACUCCAGCCCAUUCACUCAUCGCUGGCCCAGCAUCAGGCUCACAUCACCAUCCACCAGAAUGGUCUACAAGCGAGAAACCAAACCCCAGAUGGGACGUUUAUUCUUUUGGUGUUAUCUUUCUGGAGCUUCUCAUGGGUCGAGUUUUCUUGGUCGAUCGAGACUUUGUUCGAGAAUCUGAAGUCGAUGAGAAAACUUGGUUCUUGAGGUUGGUCGAUGGGACAAUCAACAGUGACUUGGCUUACCACGAGGAUGAAGUGGUUGCAUGCUUUAGGUUAACCUAUGGUUGUGUCUCUUCCUUGCCUCAGAAGCGACCGUCCAUGAAAGAAGUUGUUCAAGUCCUAGAGAAAAUAUCUGUUUAGUUGUUUACUUAUUCAAUGUAGAAAGUAUAAAUUUGGUCCAUCUUUAAAUUUGUUUGUCGCUAUUUUUCCUUUAAACAUUUUUAUUCUUAUUAAGUAUUUUGCUUGUUGCUUAACUUUGUUAAUUAUAAAAUAUUUCUGUUUUUUAAGCA